AUGAGAAAAAAGGUCAAGGCGGCGGCCAUCGGAGACCGAAUAAUAGUCGUCGUCCAGAAACAACGAAGCUUCGGCGAGGGCUCGAAUGCGACAGGCGUCAGUAUCUCGAACAAAGUACGAAGAGGAGACAUCAGACACGCCGUCGUUGUCCGCGCGAGGAAGGAACAGCAAAGGCCAGACGGCAGCAAUAUUCGAUUUGACGACAACGCCUGCGUCCUCAUCAACAAGAACGGCGAUCCGAUCGGUUCACGAUUGAAUGGUGUGGUGGCCACUGAGCUGCGGAAAAAGCAAUGGUCCAAGAUUUUGUCAUUGGCGCCAGUGCAUGUAUGA